AUGGAGAAGGAGAUAAAGGGCCUUAAAGUGGAAAUGGAGAAACUGAGGAAUCUCCCUCGCUAUUCAUUUAAAGUGGAUGAAAGUGCGCGAACAUACGCAAACACGGCUUCCUCGGCUGUGUCGACAGAGGAGAAAGAAAAUAGUAACAAUGGUAACCAGUGUCUUGUGCUAGAAACGCGUGGUAAGACGCGAUCUCAGCGAACAAAAAGAACUCUCAGGGUACCUCAAAAAGGCACAGAUCUUCAGACAAAGGAACAAGAGUUGGCUACACCGCAGACGAAAAUCUCGUUGCUGAAAACGACAAAUGAUCAAAAGAUAGUAGAAAACAGGCAGUCAUGCGUUGGUUCUGCCGAAUCAAACCUUCCUAAAUCGGUGGAAGGCGGUAGCCGCGAUAUCCACGAUGAAGACUCUGCAGGUAUGAUUAAACCACAAUGCCGUCUAUUUGAUCGCAGUAAAUGCAUUGUUAUAAAGGGCAUGUCUGAGUCUGUUUCCGACACUCCAAAGGACAGAAUACAGCAUGACAUAGAAAUACUCCAGGAAUAUCUCAAAUCGAUCUUAAUUAACACGGUGGACUUCAGAACAGACAAGGUUAGGGAAACUUUGAGUCAACAACAGCCUACUAAAUCCCGUGGUCCGGACGGCGUGCUCGCAAAAGUCCUGAAUGAAUUCUCAGGCGAACUGACCUCUCCAUUAUCCAGGAUCUUCUGGACUGCGAUGGAGACCGGGCCCCUGCCUGCUAACUGGAAGAAAGCAAAUAGAAGCUACAUAUAUGAAGGUGGCGAGAGAACAGCCCCAAAUAGUUUCAGACCAGUGAGUCUCAUAAGCAUCUGUUGCUAGUUGAUGAAAAAAUAAUAAAAACGAAACUGAUGCGGAUCUUGAAGGAAAACGAAUUGCUCAGUUUGCAUCAGCAUGGAUUUCGAAGGGGCCGAUCCUGUCUCACCAACCUGCUAGUAUCCAUUGAGAGCUGGACGCAAUCAAUCGACAUGGGAUUAUCAGUCGACGCCGUGUACAUUGACUUCAUAAAGGCUUUUCAUAGUGUUCCACAUGGACGACUUAGAGUUAAAUUACGUCAAGUGGGUAUGAAUAGGAAUCUGUUGAAAUGGUUAGCCGAUCUUCUUAUGGGCAGAUCUCAGUGUGUGUUUGCGUGUGGGGAGGUGUAGGGGUGUCAGCGGUGGGUUCACGUGAUGGUCGUAGUGGUCGCUCACUUGCUUGUAGGUGAGACUACGCCUAGCGUCCAUUUGCUGGCACCCAACUCUCACAUGUGGCUCCACGUUUCUGGGAUCUGCUCAGCGGCCACAUCCCGGGAAACCGCCUCAACUGGCGGGUUAAACCAGGUGAGGGGGCCCUGUUCACGUUGUGCAGCAUGCACAGGGUGUUGCGGACUCCGCUGGAUGGAAGGUCAGAUGGAACCUUGCGUCGGCACCGUCUUGACGUGGUUCGUCUCUGCACGCCGCUGGACAGCCGGUGACGGGAUGGAUCUUCACAUCGACAUCGCCUUGACGCGCCCACCUACGCCGUCGGUGGCCGCGGUUUACGGCAAAUUCGAGUCGCUCUCCAGUAUGAACAAGAAAUCGUGGCCCCACAGUAGAAUUUGGCCGCGCCACAACGGCACAUGGGCAGCCCAUUUCAGGGGUGGCACUGCCUGCCCUCAAGAUGGAAGGGGCCUAGAAAACGUGGCCUAAACAUCGCUGGGCACCACGCCGUCUGCAGUCUAGCCAGGGUCGCAGAUGUCAUAAACAUGGUGGAAACAAUAAACUCGAAACAACAAUAACUAUAACAACUACAACAACAAUACUCGCUCACCUCCUCAACCUACCUCUUCUACCUCUUCCUCUGCCUAUUCUUCUGCCUAUUCUUCUCCUUCGUCAUCUUCUUCUCCACCUCCUUCCGGUUGCCCCACUCGUCGUCAUCAGACUGGCAGGGCGAGUCCGGUCAUUCUGGCAGCCUGGAAUGUUCAUUCCCUUUUAGACAAUCCGAGGAGCAACCGACCGGAACGGAGGACGGCGCUAGUGGCACGAUAACUGGCGCGCAACAAGGUGGACAUCGCCGCACUCAACGAGACCCGUUUCUCAGAACAAGGCCAACUGGAGGAGGUGGGUGCCGGUUACACCUUCUUCUGGAGUGAUCGACCCAAGGCAGAGCGACGAGACGCGGGUGUCGCCUUCGCCAUUCGGAACGACAUCGUGGGACGACUGCCCUGUCUGCCGCAAGGAAUCAACGACCGCCUGAUGAACCUACGCCUGCCUCUUCGGCGAGGAGGCAAAUUCGCCAACAGCAUCAGCGCCUACGCUCCGCCGAUGACCAGCCCCGACGCCGUACGAGACAAAUUGUACGAGGACCUUCACGCCCUCUUGGCGACCGUGUCAAGGGCGGACAAGUUGAUUGUCCUUGGUGACUUCAACGCCCGCGUCGGCACAGACCAUACUGCCUGGAGAAGAGUGCUGGGGCCCCACGGUCUCCGUGGCUCAAACGACAACGGCCUCCUCCGCAUUUGCGCAGAACACCGCCUCAUCCUGAUGAAUACGUUCUUCUGUCUGCCGGAGCGAGAUAAGGCCACCUGGAGGCAUCCUCAGUCGCGUGAAUGGCACCUACUGAACUAUGUCAUCGUCCGGAGGCGAGACCAGCUGAACGUGCUGGUGACAAAGGCGAUCGCGGGCGCUGACGGGUGGACCGACCAUCGCCUAGUCCUCUCUAAGAUGCGUAUUCGCUUACAGCCUCGCAAGAGACCACAAGAUACGGGAAUCCCAGGUAAGCUGAAUAUCGCCUUACUGUCUUGGCCCGCUCACCAUAUUCAUUUCAAUAAUGAGCUUCCUCAACGGAUAGCCACUCUUCCAAUCACUGCCUCCGCCGCUGUCGAGAACGCCUCCGUCGAGUACCGCUGGUGUCAUCUGCGAGAAACGGUCCAGUCGACGGCGCUAGCCGUCCUCGGUCGCGCACGCCGCCAACACCAGGACUGCUUCGGCGACCACGACGCCGCCAUCAGCAAUCUGCUUGCCGAGAAAAACCGCCUACACAAGGCCUGCGUAGACCACCCCACCGACGACAACAGAGCUGCUUUCUACCGCAGUUGCCGCCACCUUCAGCAACGACUGCGCGAGAUGCAGAACGCCUGGACUGCCCGCAAAGCUGAUGAGAUCCAAGGAUACACGGACCGCAACGAAUGGAAGAACUUCCUCUCUGCGAUCAAAGCUGUCUACGGGUCCGCCGACGAAGGGCAUUGCUCCUCUCCUCAGCGCCGACGGCAGCACUCUCCUGACUGAGAAGACGCAAAUCCUACAGCGAUGGGCCGAACAUUUCCGAGGCGUCCUCAACCGCCCCUCCGUCAUCUCCGACGCCGCCAUCGCCCGCUUGCCGCAAGUGGAGACCAACGUGGACCUCGAUCUCCCGCCAUCUCUCCAGGAAACCAUCAGGGGCGUGCAGCAACUCUCCAGCGGGAAAGCACCCGGAUCGGACGCGAUCCCUGCUGAGGUCUACAAGCACGGAGGUCCCCAACUGAUGGAUCACCUGACUGCACUCUUCCAGGAGAUGCGGCGUCAAGGUGAAGUCCCACAAGAUUUCAAAGACGCAACCAUCGUGCAUUUCUACAAUAGAAAAGGAAACCGCCAAGUCUGCGACAAUCACCGUGGCAUCUCCUUGCUGAACAUUGCCAGAAAGAUCAUCGCUCGCAUCCUCCUCAAUCGUCUGAAUAAUCAUCUGGAAGAAAGCCUUCUGCCGGAAAGCCAAUGCGGAGUCCGUCGUAAUCGCGGGGCCACGGAUAUGAUCUUCGCCGCUCGUCAACGUCAGGAGAAGUGCCAGGAGAUGCGGACCCACCUGAACUCUACCUUCGUGGAUCUGACAAAAGCCUUCGACACGGUGAAUCGUGAAGGAUUGUGGAAGAUCAUGCAGAAAUUUGGCUGUCCAGAGCAAUUUAUUCAGAUGGUUCGUCAGCUGCACGACGGUAUGAUGGCGCGAGUCACGGACAACGGAGCUGUCUCAGGGGCAUUCGCAUUGACCAACGGAGUGAAGCCGGGAUGUGUGCUGGCGCCUACCCACUUCAGUCUUAUGUUCUCUGCCAUGCUGAUGGACGCCUACCGCGACGAACGCCCCGGGAGCCGCAUCACCUACAGGACAGACGGUCACCUGCUGAAUCAACGGUGGAUGCGCUUCCAGUCGCGCGUAUCCACAACUACCGUCCACGAACUUCUCUUCGCCGACGACUGCGCCCUGAACACCACCUCGGAAGAGGAGAUGCAACGGAGCAUGGAACUAUUCUCCGCCGCCUGCGAGAACUUCGAUCUGGUCGUCAACACGCAGCAGACGGUGGUCAUGCAUCAGCUGCCACCCAACUCAGUCACAGCCCCCAACGCGUCGCCGCAAAUAAGCGUUAACGGAACCCAGCUGCAAGUGAUGAAGAACUUCCCGUACCUGGGUAGCACUCUCUCCCUUAACACCAAAAUCGAUGACGAAGUCGCUCGCAGAAUCUCGAAAGUUAGUCAAGCCUUCGGUCGCCUCCAACGCACAGUUUGGAAUCGUCACGGUCUCCAACUGAGCACGAAGCUAAAGAUAUACAAGGCCGUCAUCCUGCCGACGCGGCUGUACAGUGCGGAGACGUGGACAGUGUACACGAAGCAGGCACACCGACUGAACCACUUCCACCUCAGUUUUCUUCGUCGCAUCCUGAGGCUGAACUGGCAGGAUCGAAUCCCCGACACUGAUGUGCUAUAA